UUUGGGUAUCGCCUUCCUUUAUUUCUCAAAGCAAACAAAAAAAGUUUCAGAGAGGGAAAAAAAAAGAGAGUAGGAAGGUCUUUGAAGAUGCAGAUAUUUGUGUUAACCCUAACUGGGAAAAUCAUUACCCUUGAAGUUGAAUCAAGUGACACUAUUGAAGAUGUCAAGACUAAGAUUAAAGUCAAGGGAGGCAUUCCACAAGACGAGCAGAGGCUGAUCUUUGCUGGUAAGCAGCUCGAAGAUGGUCGCACUCUUGCUGACUACAACGUUCAGAAGGAAUCUACUCUUCAUCUUGUUAUAAGGCUCCGCGGUGGAAUUAUUGAGCCUUCUCUGAUGGCCCUGGCUAGGAAGUACAACCAAGACAAGAUGAUUUGCCGCAAAUGCUAUGCUCGCUUGCACCCUCGUGCUGUAAACUGCAGGAAGAAGAAAUGUGGCCACAGCAACCAGUUGAGGCCAAAGAAGAAGAUUAAGUAGAGCGUUCAGUUGUUUGUAGCUGAUGUUUCGGUAGCCGUUUCCACUUUCCAUAGCUCGGUGUUCGGACAGAAGCUGUUUUACUAUGGCUCCUUAAAUUAGGUUAAAUAAUUUGUUUUUUUUUUUAUCCAUAUGAGCCACGAAGGCGGUACAAAGUACAAAGAAGGGGAGGGGAAAUUCGAACCUGUGACUUAUCGUUCACAGCACUUCAAUCUUAACCACUAGGCCAAGACAUCCUUGGUUAAAUAAUUUGUUUUUUUUAAUAGUUUUGUAGGAGUAUCUAUUCUAUUUUAGAGCCUUAUUUGUCGCAAAAUCGGUUUAAUAUUAUUCCCUUGAUGGUAUUUUUGUCUCUCGACUUAUAUCAAACAGUUGGGUUUUAAUAAUAUCAAUAAUUUUUUAAUAGGAAA